ACACCCAAAACGCCCACAUUUGAUUUCGAAAGGUCAACCCUGUUUCCACACAAAAUAGGUGUGCAAAGGCCUUAGAAUUUUGAAACAGAAGCAACAAAGGCAAAUGGUAGAAAAAGUAGGUCACUUCGUUAAAAAAAAGGCUUUGAAAACCUACAUUGUAGUCCGGAAACUCUACUCACGCUCUAACACAAUUAGCCGAAACAUAGCCCGAACUUUUUCGGUUUUUCAGAGUCACGCAGUUUCCUCCAGCGUGUAAUUUCCAUGUAAAACUCUUUCUGGGCAUGCGAUCACGAGCUUGCUUUGGCAUGCGCGCACGAUAAAAAGAAGCGAAAAGGGUUUAGUACCGUGAUAACAGUCGAUGGUUGUGCAGUCCGGACCUGUAAACAUGUCCUUGUGGCGUCUCGAUGUCUCAAGUCGAUCGUUACCAAAACAACGCAGCCAUAAUGUCUAAGAACCAUAGAAGAGGAGCCUGUAGAUACCACGAUCGUUAACAUUUGAAAAUACAUAAGUUCUGUUUCAAUACUCAUUACUGUAUAAUUUAAUUAAAGAAAACCGCCAGUCAUAAAACAGCAAUAACCUUCAGCUCCUUUAAUUAUCUACCUUUGAUGUUAGCUAUUACGACGCCACAAAGUUCACAAAUUCUGUUUGCCGUGAUGACUUAUCGCAAUUCUUUCAGUGAAUAUUAAACGAAAUACAACCAGUAUUUUUUUUUUUUGAAAAUGUCUUUCAUAAAGUGCUGUUUCGAAGCUCCUGAGAUCAGAGAAGUCCUCGACACCUUCGCCCAAAAAUGCACGGACGCUGGCUGCUGCUGCGGGUGUUGUAGCGCAUUUAGGCCAAGGUAUAAGCGAUUUGUUGACAAUAUAUUCCCGGUCUACCCGCAGGAUGGACUCGUUAAAAGUAACAUGGAGAAGCUCACAUUUUAUGCCCUCAGUUCUCCAGAGAAACUCGAUAGGAUCGGAGAGUAUAUGUACCAGAGGGCGGCUAGAGAUAUUUACAGAAGGCGGUAUGGAUUCGUUAUUAUCGCAAUGGAAGCUAUGGAUCAGCUUCUGUUGGCUUGCCAUGCACCCACCUUAAAUCUUUUUGUUGAGAGCUUUCUCAAGAUGGUGCAGAAAUUGUUGGAAUCAACUGAACCAGAAUUGCAGAUUUUGGCAACACAGUCGUUUGUCAAAUUUGCGAAUAUCGAAGAAGAUACUCCUUCUUAUCACCGCCGAUACGAUUUCUUCGUAAGCAAAUUCUCAGCCAUGUGUCACAGCAGCGAAGGCGACCAAAUUCGAAUAGCAGGCAUUAAAGGUCUGCAAGCAGUAAUUCGCAAAACUGUAUCAGACGAGUUGGUCGAAAACAUUUGGGAACCGGUCCAUAUGGACAAAAUCGUACCCAGCUUAUUGUUUAACAUGCAGAACGCACGUUUCCUCAACGACACAACAGAGUCAAUUCCCGAGGAUCAAACCGAUCCUCCAAUGUUGGCCGAAACCUGUAUGAGAGAGCUAGUAGGACGGGCUUCCUUCGGUCACAUCAGAGCCGUACUCAAACCAGUUUUAAAACAUUUCGACUUGCAUAAGCUUUGGGCGCCAGACAGCAAUCCGAACUCGAACGAAUUUGCGAUUCACACGUUCAGAAUAAUCAUGUUCUCUAUACAAGCUCAGUAUUCGUACACCGUAGUGGAGACGUUGAUGGCUCAUUUGGACGAAAACGUCAAAUCUAGUCCAAUCAUACGUACCAGUAUUGCCGGAGUUUUGUCGAAAAUUAUUGCCAUAGCUGCCGGAGAAAACGUGGGACCAACUGUUUUAGAAAUCAUCAAUUCGUUAUUGAGUCAUUUGAGAGAUUCGGUUAAACAUGGCACGAGUAUGACGGAAGAAAAGCAGUAUCAAGAGGCGUUAAUAAAUGCUUUGGGCGAAUUUGCCAAUCAUUUGCCUGAUUACCAGAAAAUUGAAAUUAUGAUGUUUAUUAUGAACAAGAUUCCAUUUCCUUUGGUGGAUAAUCAUACGCCAGCGGAUAAUUUGUUACAAAGUAUUUUGUUGAAGAGUUUGUUAACAGUCGGUACUAAGUACCAAACGAUACAUUUAAAUGCUACAUUCCCGGUUUCGUUCCUGGAACCUUUGUUGAGGAUGUCGUUAGCACCAGAUCCGGAUAUGAGGUUACUGGUACAGAAGAUUCUGCACACUUUGAUCGAUAGGCAUCACAAUUUGGAGAAGUUGUCUAAACCAACGGUAAACGUGACCGAAUUGGAUUUAGUAUUGGAAAAAUCCUCUAGACCCGACCUCAUUUUCAUCAACAAGCACGGACCCAUAAUUUACGACGCUCUCUACACUAGCCUGCAAAUGGACACAAAUACACCAGACAACGUGGAGGUAGUCUACACGACGCUGGCGUUGUUGUGCGUCGAGCUAGCCAGUACUGAGACAGUUAUUGACUUGUUGCAGUUGGUUUUAGGAAUUCAGAGUCUCGCUUUAAACAGCACGUCGUUAUCCAACAGUCAGAAAUUCAACUUGCACGCCCUCGUCAUAAGCCUGUUGGUGUUGAUACCAAGUGUAGUCAGUAUCCAACCUCUCCUUGAUUACGCGAAUCAAAUCGUGGAUGCUCGUAAACAAGAAGCACCCCAUUUGUUGCCAGAUUUGCUGGUUCACUACCCGGCAAACUGCGAAGUCGCCAAUAAAGUUCCCCAUCUGCUAGUGGAUCAAAUGGCCGUCUGCGAGAACGUGAAGAGUGGCGGUCUGGAUCCGUCCAGACUCGCCCAGACGUCACCGUAUGGCGCCGGCGGACCGGGGGUGGUCGUCGGCGGGCAGAGGAACAGUUGGAUCGAGAAUGCGAGGGGUAGCAUUAUUGAGAUGAACACGAACCAGGAAGUCGACAGUGCAUCGAGUUCGCCAGGAGUUCAAAGGAAAUUACCUGAGGAAGAGUUGACCUUUGAGAGCAUGAAAAAAGUAUUGACGGAACCGGCAGAAACGCGGAAGGAGGCGGAAGCACGCCGACGCAAACAAUUGAGCGACACAUUCCGUACCGCAACAUUUUCUGAACUCGUCAGAAGGACGCAGCCAAAACAUGAUGUUUUGCAGAAUAAGCUGAACGAAAUUUUCAAGUCGCUGAGCGCGAACGAACGCCGCAAUCCGCCAGAAAUCGAGAAGAAAAUGGAAAAGCCUGCGUACGAACAAAAUUUCCCCGAAUUAUUCUUCUAUUAAAAUCCCCCGCUUAGCAGUUGUAUUUAGCAAUAUUCGUGUAAACUGGUUAGUGUUGGUUAUUGUUAACUGGAAAGUUUAUCAAAAUGUGUUAUGUAUUUUUAUAGAGGUUCUAACAUGAUGUUUCUGAACUUAUUUAUUGAAUUCUAAAUAAAGCUAUAUAUUCUAAGGAAUAAGACAUUGUAUCCUGA